AUGGGUGUCCUGCCAAAGAAAGAGAGAAAGAAGAAGCAAGACACUCUUGACUCUCUGGCCCUUAACAUCACUGUGCCCUCUCUGGCUCUGAAAGCGUCUAACGAUCUGGACCACUUACUGCCAACUUCACCCUCCUUACUUACUCGUCUGCUACCAUUGGACCCCUAUGCUUUCUUCAAGGUUGAUAAAGUGAAGAAAGAAGGCCCUAACUUGGGAAAGAAAGUCACAAAUCGUUCAAUUAAUCAUAAACAAAGACAUAAAGAUCACACCGUGACCCCAGUCAUCUCCCCACAUCCCAUUCCUGUUCAUUCUCAACGUGCUGUAGGACCUCCCCAAGCUUAUUUAGCAUCCAAAUCCCCUCUUAUAUCCAUCUCACAACAUCCAAAACCUAAAACAGGGCCAAUAUGCACAACAGCUCCUGUUCAGGCUGGUCAUCAAACCUUGAUCACCACCAAUCCCAAGCCAGAGAUGCAUGCAGAGCUUGCUCUUACCCAGAGAGUUGUACCUUCAACUCCAAGCACAUGUAUGGGCCCAGCAAAGGAGCUGAGAGCACCGGCGCAUCAUCAGGCUCCAUGCUUGAUGCAGCUUCACAGGCUGAUAGAGCAGCAGAGAAGAAAGCAUGAAGAUCCAAGACCUCAUUUUGAGCUGGACUGGUUCGAGGACAGCGGAGAGGACGAAGAUAGUCAAGUGGAGAAAGUGACAUUGUUUGAAUAUCAGAGCCCACAGGAAGAAAGGGCUGCUGGUUCUGGUUCCCGCAGGGAGCGGCUGGCGGGGCUUUGCGGCUAUUUGAGACAGAAGCACAGACAGUUGCUGUCAGCGAAGGUAAAUGAGAUGCUAAUCGGAUGCGUCUGUUUUGCUAGUACUGCAGGCAGCUCAGACUCAGGACUGUGUGUGGCCCAGGUUAACGGCAAAGCCUGCACUAACCACUCCUUGCCUUUCACCAGACACUGCCUCCAACAUAUACUGCACAACAGGUCACAGCAGCUGUUCUCAAGCUGCACUGCACGUUUUGCAGAUGGGGCACAGUGUUCUGUCCCAGUCUUCGACAUCACACAUCAGACACCACUCUGUCAAGAACACGCAAAGAAAAUGGAUAACUUCCUACGUGGAGACGUCAGCCGCAGAACGUACCAUCACCAGCAGCAGCUGCAGCAACGGCGGCGGCUGAAGAAGGCCAAACUUCCGACGUUGAGCAAAAAACAGAAGAAGAAGGGCAGAAGAGGAGCGGUACGGCGACCUCAGAAACCCAUCCCCCCUGCACUGCCUCAGGGUAACCUCGGAAUACCCUCGGUCCUGUGCCUACUGACACAAGCAGCUGGGAUAAGGAGUCCUUUGACCCCUGAUUUGAGUGCUGAUGAGCUUCCGGAUGACAUCACUAGUGACAUCAGUGACAUUCCUCAUGACCUGGAGCUGAAUCAGGACGAUUUCGAUGUUCUGUCUCGAUUCCCAGACGACCUGCAAGACUUUGAUCUGUUUGAAGGGAAGCAAAAUGAGCUCUUACCUACUUCAGAGGAAGCUGAGGAGCUGGUGCGGGUCCUACAGGACAUGGGGUCCUACCCAGAAUCCCUGGCAUGCCUGAGCAGUAUAGCUGAGCUGGGUCCAGUGGAGGGCUCGGACUGCCGCGGGAUGGAGGGCGGUGUCAUGGACCUGCUUGGUGCUCGUCUUUCAGCUGAGACCCUGUCCAGUCUGGAGCUGGACCCAAGCCUGCUUCCGACAACAGAGGACACCUUCCCCUCUUCCCCACGCUCCCCCCCUUCUUCUAUAUGUCACCUGAGAGACAAUUCUCGUUCACAGAGGCGUCACUUAACACACAUCGAUGACCCCAAAGAUGAUCUGGUGGAUGAGGACGUGUCGCACGGCUCCUGGGGUGUCCUCGCUCUGCCCCUCGGCGACUCGACGCAGCUCCACAAUCUCAUCACCUCAGAUGGCCUGCUCAUGUCCACAGCGUUGUCCACACCACCUACUCCCAUGCCAACAGCCCCUUGCCGACCCACCGCCACGCUUUCUGCCCUACCUGAGAGCAGCCUGACCAUCCCAGUCACUUCCGCUUCCUCUUCUUCACCCAGGGUGGACUUCCUGUUUCCAGGGCAGCUCAAACACUCACUCUCUACUCUGUUAAGCCACUGCGGAAUUCCUGCUGACUUGCAGCCUCACCACAGCGCUCCAGCACCCACUAUGGACCAGACCUGAACGGCCAUCAGGAACAAUUUCAAGUGCACAUCUCUUAGUAUUCAGGGAAGGUUUUAAUUUUAUAACUUGCAUGGGUUCUUCAGCUUAACUACUCUAUCUUCCAAUAUCCUGAUGGGUUUUUUCUGUCACUUGCACACCCCAGAGCAAUAAGGAAACCCCACAAGCAAGAGUAUAUGGCACGCUUAUUUUCUACGACAGAUACAUUAGAUGGAUUUUAGCCAUGGAUGCACACCACUUGUAUUCUUAUAUAUGCAUAUUUAAUAUAUUUAUAGAGUAGUGAUGUGCACAGCUAGUUUUAUUGAUGAGUCCAAACAUGUGGUUUACUGUUAGAAAUGUGGUUACUCGUCUAGAAAUAAUAUGGAAUGGUUAUAUGAUGGAACAAAACAAUGGCAGAAAGAUAUCACGGGUGUAUCGGUUGUCUCCUCCUGUCCUGUAACAGUUCAAGUGGUUAUAUCGGCGGCUGGUGUUUGUGCUUUUCGUAGCUGUUCUGCUGUUGGGUUCUGCUUUUUUAGUGUCAAGUGCCAUGAAAGCUAUGUAAACCUUUCAUAAUCAGUGUGCUGCAAAUCAAUAGUGUCCUUUGAAGAAGAGCUAUAGAUAUGCUUAAUAUGUCCUUGUUAUGAACAUCUCAUUCUGUAUAUGUAAUGUAACCCCAAUGCCAGGAAUCCAUAUUUUCUGGCUUCCACAUUUGCGAUUAAUUUUUGGAAGAUGUUUUGUCGAUUGUGUAACGGAUCAAAGAUCAGUAAUGUUUGCAUCAUCUCAAGGCCUCUGUAAAACAACAGAUUGUAUUAAUAAUCUUCACGGUAACAUCACACCAAUCUCGUAUUCUCACAUCACAUGAAAUUUCAGUCAAAGGCAAGUUGGUGUCAGAUGAGAACGGAGAAAAAGUGUGUUUGAUUCGAGUCGGCCUGCCAGUGUCUCAGAUAAUGCUGCUUUCAUCAGUGUCAAUAACAGUAUAUUACUCCUGCAUAAACAGAGAAGCUGGGACCUGUAUUUUUUUGUUUUUGUAUUUGUAUUCACUGAAUGUAUUGAAUGAUGGAAGGAUUUGAUUAUUAUAACCAAUAGAAUUUUAUCGCCCCCUCUGCUUCAUGUAUUGAAAUGUCUUGACUUUUUUGUUACUAAAGGUUGUGGAUGUGGGUAUGUGAUAAACACAGAUGUAUCACAUUUUUUGUUUGUUUUAUCAGAAAUGCGUAAAUUAAAUCUGCUAUGACUAUUA